CAAUACUGGAUCGAGCAGAGCACCGCCUCGCCAGUUUGAGUAUUUAGCACUUCACUCGCACUGCAGGCUGCACCAGUACUGGAGUCUGGAGGAUCUCUCCUUCGCUCUCUGGAAGUGCCCGAAGGCCGACGCGAUGGGGAUGACCAGGGCGUUGCUCCUCGCGGUUGCUCUGACGGCGGCGGCGUCCGCCGUCGUCGUGGACGGGCAGCUCUCGCCGACGUUCUACGAUGCGACGUGCCAGGCGCUGCCGUCCAUCGUGCGCCGCGGCAUGGCGCAGGCCGUGCAGAAGGAGGCGCGCAUGGGCGCGUCCGUCAUCCGCCUCUUCUUCCACGACUGCUUCGUCAAUGGGUGCGACGCCUCCAUCUUGCUGGACGACACGGCCAGCUUCACGGGCGAGAAGAACGCGGGGCCCAACGCAAACUCGCUGCGCGGCUACGAGAUCAUCGACGCCAUCAAGGCGCAGGUCGAGGCCUCCUGCAAGGCCACCGUCUCCUGCGCCGACAUCGUCGCCCUAGCCGCCCGCGACGCCGUCAGCCUUCUUGGAGGCCCGAGCUGGACGGUGCAGCUUGGCCGGCGAGACGGUCUGUCGGCAAACCAGAACGCGGCGAACAGCAACCUACCACCGCCGGACGCGACCCUCUCCGACCUCCUCGCCAGGUUCAGCGCCAAGGGGCUGGACGCGCGCGACCUCACCGCGCUCUCCGGCGCGCACACGGUGGGCUGGGCGCGGUGCGCCACCUUCCGCACCCACAUCUACAACGACACCGGCGCCAGCGCCGUGGACGGCGCCUUCGCCACGCAGGUGCGAGGCAAGGCCUGCCCCUCCGCCGGCGGCGACGGCAACCUCGCGCCGCUCGAGCUGCGCGCGCCCGCUGCGUUCGACAACGGAUACUUCCAGGACCUCGUCGCCCGCCGCGUGCUCCUGCGGUCCGACCAGGAGCUCUACGGGAGCGGCGCCGGCGACGGCGCCACGGACGCGCUCGUGCGCGCCUACGCCGCCAAUGCCUCGCUCUUCGCGGCGGACUUUGGCGCCGCCAUGGUGAGGCUGGGUAGGCUGGCGCUCACAGGGAAGAGCGGCGAGGUCCGGCUCAACUGCCGGCGAGUGAACUCGAUCAUGAGUCGAACCGAUCGAUCAUAAAAUGGUGGAUUAUUAGUGCACACUUCACAGAAAAAGUUACUGUUAAGGUUGUUUGUUCAGAGAGAAACAAAAUUUAGAAAUGCUAUAUUGUUGCAGUGGAUUUC